CUUGCCGUCUACUAUGGCAAGGCUCAAUACAACUCGGCGCCAUCGCUGUGGGACCUCUGCAGCGUCGACGACAUUGACAUGAUCGUCAUGGGCUUCAUCCGCAACUUCAAUGGCUUCAACAAGCAGCCCACCUUCGACAUUGGCUCGUGCAAGACGCCCUAUCAGCCUCCGGCCAACUACACUGGCGUCCUCUGUCCGACUCUGGCAGCCAACAUUACGCGCUGCCAGCAGCUGGGCAAGAAGGUCUUGAUCAGUCUGGGCGGUUCCAGCGCCAACCUCGACUUUGCUAGCGACACGGAUGCCCAGCAGGCAGCUACCACCCUCUGGAAUGUCUUCGGCGCCGGCACAGACACGCCCCUUGCCAGACCCUUUGGCAAUGUCACCUUGGACGGCUUCGACUUUGACUACGAGAACUAUGCCGACACUACCCAUGUCGAUGUCCUCGCUGCAACCCUGCAGUCGCUCUUCAAGACAGCCAUCCCCGAACGCUACAUCAGCGCCUGCCCGCUUUGCGUCAACAACACAGUCUUGCCCUACGACUUUUACAGAAAUGCAAACUUCAUCUGGCCGCGCUUCUACAAUGCAAACGCCUGCAAGGCUGGCGGCAAGGGCUACAACAAGUCUGUCAAAGCCUGGUCUGACUUCCUCGUCGGCGUGGACUCUGCCGUCGGCCCCAACUACCCUCGCUUCUACAUUGGCGCCCUCGGCUUCGAAAACUACAACAACGGCGGUGGCUUUGUCGCCCCCGACGUCUUUGGCGAUCUGGUCGAGUACACAAAGAACAACGUUGGCAAGCCUAGGUUUGGGGGCGUCAGCAUCUGGGAGGGCACCGAUGCCUUGCAAUCAAAGACGGUCGACGGCAUCGACAUUUUGAACGUCACCAAGGAGGCCCUGCUC